AUGGGGUCCAUCAAUAAGCAAGUUGCACGCUACGAAAUCACUGCCGUCUUCACCCAUCCUGACGCCUCCGUCGAUAUCGUCCUGGUCCAUGGUCUAAAUGGGCACCCCAAAAGUACAUGGACUUCACCUUCACCUUCAUCUCAACAUGAAGAUGGUGUCUUCUGGCCCACAGAUCUACUACCGCAAUCCCUGGGAAAGACCCGUGCCAAUAUCUUGGUCUAUGGCUACAACGCAGACGUCUAUACAACCAGUAAAAGCCAUGCAAGUGCAAGUGCAAGCGACAACUUCAUCUACCAACAUGCUCAGACACUGGUUACGAACCUCGCCCUCUAUCGUAAGAGCGAACACACAGACAAGAACCCCAUCAUCUUCGUCGCACACAGCCUGGGUGGCAUUCUUGUCAAGCGUGCCCUCAUGUACUCCAACGACUUGAGAGACAAGAACCAAGAGGACGCCAGGUCUAUCUUCGUCUCCACCUUUGGAAUCAUUUUCCUGGGCACGCCACACACUGGAUCUGGCAUGGCAACAUGGGGUGUCGUUUUGCAAAACAUAGCAGACGCCAUUGCACCCAAGAAAAUGUUCGAGAGCGAGUCGGUCCUCCUCAAAACCUUAAAGAAGGACAACGAGACCCUGCAAAACAUCAAUAGCCACUUCCUCGACUUUUACCAGCGUUUCAAGAUCCACAUGGCCCAUGAAAAUCACAAGACCGACAUCAAAGGAACGACGAUGACGGUGGUGGAUGCGAGUUCGGCCAGUCCACAACUGCCAGGCGUUGUUUACUACGGCAUCGAGGCCCCUCAUUCCGGAAUGUGCAAGUUCAACAGUAGCAGCGCUCCAGGAUACAGAAACGUUUCAACCGCUAUUCGGACGUGGGCAGAAGAAGCCCCGCCAGUCAUUCGAACCCGUUGGGACAUUGAACUGGACGACAGGAAGGCUAGAGCACAAUCUGAAGCAGCCGAGAUCACUCGCGAGUAUAACAGUCCUUCAGAGACUGUGAUUUCAGAAUAUAGAUAUCUUCCAGCAGCUCAACAAUCAUCACCUGUUGACACGAAAAGCACCCGGUGCGCUUCUGUUUCUGACUCUGCCCCCCAAGUGUUGAACUCCGGUCCUCAUCAUGUUCAUCCUGACCGAUUCCGACCCAACUCGUUUUUCAAAGGGCGAGAGGACUACCUUGCAGAUCUUCACAAGCUGUUGAAAGACCCGAAGAGGCGUUCACAAGGGACGUCUGCGGUUUUAAUACAUGGCAUUCCUGGUGUCGGGAAAACGCAUCUUGCUCGAGAGUAUUACUUCAAUCACAAGGACCAGUAUUCUGGGGGCGUGUACUGGAUCAGGUCUACCACGUUGCAAGACAUGGAAGACGGGUUCUGGCGCAUCGCGAAGACCCAGGCUAUCAAGGGCAUGGCUGCUCAAGGAUAUAAGAAUGACUUGUUAAACCCACACAACAUGGUCGAUAUCGUCAGAAGGUGGUUCAACGAGUCUAGCGAUUGGCUGCUAGUGUUUGAUGGUAUUCGCGUCAACGACAAAGCCAUACUCCGAUACAUACCCGACCGGCCAAACAGCAGUCUCAUCUACACAUCGACUGAUCGGUGCGAUCCUGGAUCUCAUCUUCUUGACAACCCCAGCAUGAUGAAGUUGCCUUUGCCGCCAAUUCAAGACGCACAGGAGUUGUUGCUCGAAGAGAUGGGAAAGAAACAGCCAUAUAACACUGAUGAUCUCAGACGGGCUCAUGAAUUGGUACAGCUGAUGGGUCGCCUCCCUCUGAUGAUUCAUGCCGCUGCUGUGAACAUGAAUACCACACGGGAACCGCUUGCAAAGUAUCUCAAGACCUUUCGGGAUUCGCCGAAAGUUGGCGAGCUUCCUGCAUACAUGGCGAUUCGAGAUCAGUUGCAGACCCGUGGUAACCACGCUGCGUUGAAUCUGAUCUACAUCCUCUCCUUCUUCAGCCAAUUUAUACCAGUUGAGCUACUGGCUCUCGGUUUAGGAGCUUUGGACAAGCGGACACCUGUGAAAACGGAAACAUCCAAGGGCAGAAGGAGUUUGACACAAACUUUUGUUACUUUGAUAAGUUUCGCCCUCAUUGAACGAAACGAGAGCGAUGACGUCUCUUCCUCAAGCUCACAGAGCGGUCUCGACGCGGCUCCGGAGCCUUUGGAUACACUCCGUGUGCACAGUAUUGUUCAAGCGUUCUUUAUUGAACAUCUUGCCAAGGAGGGACAGCUGCAUUUCUGGCUGGAGCGGGCCAUCCGUGUCUUCUGCGCGUCGUUCGACGAGGCCUAUACCAGGAUAAACGACGAGCCUGCCACUGGCCUUCCUGAAGACUACAGACAAUAUAUCCGGCACGGCAGAAGGCUGAAGGAUCUUGUUGACCGCCAUGCCGUCGACCGCCCGACUCACCAGGCUACAGAGCAACCCAGUUCGCAAACCGGACCCGUGGACCUUGUCGCUGCUCGAAGAGACUUGGAAGAACGACUUGCGAAGGUACCCGCAGACCUCAACGACUUGCAGAGAACCGUAUCUACCCGAAUCAUCGACGGAAAGGAGGCUGCUCAUAAUUCUGUCUUCGAGCGCAUGAACAGCCUAUCGUCACAUUCCACAGACGCCUCUGGUGCCGCUGUGCUCCCUCAAUCACCAGGGGUCUACUCGCUCGAGUUGGAGCAAGAAUACAUAUUGCCGCGGCCAAUGGAUAACCCGGUUCACUUCCACAUGCCUUAUGUGCCUUAUGUGGAUGAACAGGCGUCUUCGAUCGAGUACCAGGGGUCCGAGGAUCGAACCAUAACUCCAUACCCGCCCGACAUUGAAGAAGAAAAGGUCACUGAGGCGUUAUCAUGA